UCGAAGACAUAGAUUCCAGAAAAAGCCACUUUUACUAUUCCCAUAUUCUUGCCCCUUCAUCUAUUUAUAUUUUUCGAAGAUAUCGUCUCACCUCACACAUUCUUACAACUCUGUACAAUCUCAAACAUGUUUGAACGCGCACGCAAGCUCUUCUUCUAUAAGACCCUCACAGAGAUAGAGGAUGGCUUUCUGGAUGACAACGAGCCCUUUCUUCACUCCAUAUCUACUGAAAAAACGAGGAGAUAUCCAAGAAACUCAGCACUUCCUUGGAUGAUAUCCACGUUUGCUUUAGCUCUUUGCCUUCUUGCAACUCUUCUUAUCAGUUAUCCAUUAAAACUUCCUGCCAGCUAUGAGACCGGAUUUGCAACAGAGAUGCGUGAGUUUAUGAACCUUACAAUUUGAGACCUUGUAUAUCGAAACUGACUACUCAUGGGUUGAUAGAAGCUGGAGUACAUAUCAUUGAGACAGAAGAAGUCCACUUCUGGGGUGGUAUCAAGGCUCAUCCGAACGGAACUUUCUAUAUGCAUUUCGAUCCGAGUACACACGUGAGAUAUGUUGGGAAGCCUACAGCAGAGAUGGAUGAGGCAUGGAACCGACUCACCGGUUCGUUCGAGCAGCCUCUGAAAUUUUUAGUUAGAAUCUAACCAAGCUUUAGGAAGAUUUGUAACGCUUACAAAGGAAGAGUCUGAGAGUAUUAAUGGAGAAAUAUCAGAGUACAAACCAGGUGGAUAUUUAGCUGCGUAAGUUUUGUAGAAUUCUAGCAUCUGGCUCAAAAUUGACCAUCCUAGGACUGCAUCGCAGCAUAACCUUCAUUGCUUAGUAAGUGAGCUCAAUCGUCCAAGAUUCGGUUUACUAACUCGUGUCGAAGAACUAUAUCCGACAGUGUCUAUAUGAUGAUCAUUAUCCGGAUGUUCAUAUCGCUAGGGAAGGAAUCCCGGAUUACUGGUUACACAUCGGUGCGGCUUUCCGCUUUGUAUAUUAUUUAACUUAUCGCUGAUGAAACUAGAUCAUUGCAUUGAUACCCUCCGACAGAUGCUCCAAUGUGCUGGCGACAUGACACCCGUUCCUAAGGCGUACACCGAGUCUCGUCUCUUGCUGGCAAAUACGGAAAUGACACAUACUUGUCGGAAGUUUGAGAAUCUUCUGGAGUGGACUCAAUAUAGAUACAAGCAGACACUUUGAAUGCUAGUGAGAAAUCAACAUCGCUACGGACGAUAGAAGUUGGGAAUCUGGAAAAAUGCCUC